AUGGCUGCUGCUCCAGUCGUUGGCGCGUACAAUAUUGGUAUUCUCGCAACAAUCUAUGUCCACCCAGGGUUCAAAAAGGCACUUCACAAACCGAAUGCCACUCAAACUGGGCUUAUCACAGCAAUAUACUACCUCGGAACAUGGACAAGCUAUCUUUUUCUUUCUCACCCUGUCGCGGACCGUCUUGGGAGAAGGUGGGCGGCGUUUACUGGCAUCUUUGUUACUUUGGUUGGCGCUGCUUUGCAAGCUGGCGCUAGAGAUCCAGGUGCCUAUGCUAUGAUGAUUGUCGGCCGUAUCGUGUGCGGCCUUGGCCUCGCAGUGGUUUCUACAGCUGUACCGUUAUAUCAGAGCGAAUGUGCUCCUGCAAAGGAGCGUGGUAGAUAUGUUGUGAUGAACCAUAUUGGGUUGGUUGCUGGGCUCGCUUGGCUGGAAUUCCGCCAACGGAAAGUAUUAUGGCUGGAGGCUCUCAAUUGUCGUGCAAUACAUCCCAGCUUUGAUAUUCAUGAUCGGGGUUCCACUCUGCCCAGAAACGGAAGCAGUACUCUCCCGUCAAUUUGGACGAAUACUAAUAUUCUCAAUAGACCCCGUUGGCUUGUCGAAAAUGGCCAUAUGGACAGGGCGCAAGCCUCUCUUGCAUAUCUCAGAGAUGCAGACCCGACAAGUGAUGAAGUCACGGUAGAACUUGAAGACAUCCAAGCCAGCGUUGCAGCGCAUAAAGCUGCGCCAGAGUCAUCAUGGACGGUACUCUUUACCCACAAGCCACUGUUCCGAAGAUUAUGGCGUGCUGCGUUACUUCAAUUUAUGGCUCAAAUGUGCGGAAAUACGGCAAUGAAGUACUACCUACCAUCAAUAUUUUCUUCCCUCGGAAUCGAGCAUCGCAUAACAUUGUUGAUUAGUGGCAUCGAGAGCACACUAAAGAUUGGAUGCACUAUUAUUGAGAUGAUGAUCAUUGACAAGGUGGGGAGGCGCACAACGCUCGUCGUUGGAUGUAUGGUUAUGUCUGUUGCUUUACUGAUAAAUGGUGCUUUGCCGCUCGCAUACCCGAAGAACAUUAAUCAUGCAGCGGAUUACGCCUGCAUUGUAUUCAUCUUCUUCUACACCUUCGGCUACUCCAUAGGAUUCGGUCCAGCUGCUUGGGUAUAUGGUUCUGAGGUUGGCUCUUCUCCACCCCGCAUGGCCCGCAUACUGACACAACAGAUAUUCCCAACGAAUCUCCGUGCUCGUGGCCUCAACUUCGCUGCGUCAGGUGGUGCAGUAGGCUCCAUAAUUGCCUCCCAGACUUGGCCUGUCGGCAUGCAAAACAUCGGGUCCAAGACUUACUUCGUUUUCGUGGCUAUCAAUCUUGUUUCUGCCGUUAUCAUCAUCUUCGCGUAUCCCGAGACAAAGCGCCGCUCUCUUGAAGACAUGGAUGUUUUGUUCGGGGACUACCACGACCGCAACCUCGAGCAGGGAGACGGCCAGUCUGAUGCUCGUCCAGAAGAGAUAAAUGUCCCCCAUAAGGCGGUCAGAGACAGCGCUUGA